UAGUUGGAUGACUUGUUUUUCGUGGGUUUCGCGACUGUAUCACAUCCGAUAUAGCUUGCUCGUUUUAGCGUAGUAUGUUGAUUGUCUUAAAACAAAAAAAAGCUACAUUAAAGUGAUUUUUGACCAUUUUUUCAAAAACUCUCAUGAACUUUUAGUCCGUAAUUGAUUUCUUAAACAUCGGAGCGAUUUUUACAUGCUGUAUUUGAAACCUAAACCGCACAUUUACUAAGAAAAAGGAAACAGAAAAUGGACCGGUUAUUAAGAUUGGGAGGAGGAAUGCCAGGGUUGAGCCAAGCACCUCCGCCGUCAGACGCUCCAGUUGUGGAUACAGCGGAGCAGGUAUACAUUUCAUCUCUCGCCCUACUCAAGAUGCUCAAGCAUGGACGGGCCGGUGUGCCGAUGGAGGUCAUGGGUCUCAUGCUUGGUGAAUUUGUCGACGACUACACCGUUCGAGUCAUAGAUGUGUUCGCCAUGCCGCAGACCGGAACGGGAGUCAGUGUCGAAGCGGUUGACCCAGUAUUUCAAGCGAAGAUGUUAGAUAUGCUAAAACAGACGGGGAGACCCGAAAUGGUCGUCGGCUGGUACCAUUCACAUCCUGGGUUCGGUUGCUGGCUCUCAGGUGUUGACAUCAACACUCAGCAGAGCUUUGAAGCUUUGUCAGAACGGGCUGUGGCUGUUGUAGUUGAUCCAAUUCAGAGUGUUAAAGGUAAAGUAGUAAUUGACGCCUUCCGGUUAAUAAAUCCGAAUAUGAUGGUUCUUGGACAAGAACCUAGACAGACUACUUCAAAUUUAGGACAUUUACAAAAACCUUCAGUUCAGGCGUUGAUUCAUGGUCUGAAUCGUCACUACUACUCCAUAAGUAUAAAUUAUAGGAAGAAUGAACUCGAGCAGAAGAUGCUACUAAAUUUACACAAGAAAUCCUGGAUGGAUGGCCUCAUGCUUGCCGAUUACACUGAAAAUUGUAAAAUCAACGAAACAACUGUGAGCGACAUGCUUGAACUCGCCAAGAACUACAACAAGGCCUUGGAAGAAGAAGAGAAAAUGACACCAGAGCAAUUGGCGAUAAAAAAUGUUGGAAAACAAGACCCCAAGAGGCAUCUUGAGGAGAAAGUCGACGUCCUCAUGACGGCAAACAUCGUACAGUGUCUUGGAGCUAUGCUUGAUACGGUUGUUUUCAAGUAGUCAAGCAAUGAACUCACCGGGGAUGAUUUAUGUGUACACUUUUCCC